AUGGCGGCCACCCCUCAGAAAACCCGCGAGUUACAAACAGAGCUGGAUCCCGAGCUGUUGAGAGGGGUUCCUUUGCCUGUUUGCCUCAGCGGCUGGGCCAAACAUUUCGUGCCGCCGGACCCUGGGAUGUUCAACGUGGAUCACGGGGACUACGCUCUCAGCCGAGCCACCGACUCCUACGACGAGUUCCUGAGCCACGACUGGGCGACCCCUCGCCUGCUGAAGCUGGUGUCCAUGCUGAUCAUCUAUAACAGUGGCGCCGCUGCUGGCUUUUGUUUGCUGGCGAGUGUUUUAUGUGGCAUGCUGCAAGCAAGCGGUGUGCUGCCGGUGGAUUGGUGGACGCUUCUUCUUUUGCACGCAUCCUUCUGGAUAGUGCUUCUGUUCUGGCAGCGUUUGCGAGGCAUAUUUCUGAAGCCUGCAACUAUCUUCCUGGAUCGACUUUGCAUCGCACAGCAUGACGAAGAGCUGAAGCAGAAAGGGAUUCUGGGCCUGGCAGGCUUUUUAGACAGAUCCCGACAGCUCACUAUUCUUUGGUCUCAAAGAUAUUUUUCGAGAAUAUGGUGCACCUAUGAGGUAGCAACAUUCCUCAGGGACGCAAAAAACCAGAAGCCCAUUCUGGUGAUGCCUGUAAAGAUGGCUUUGAUCCUUUUCCUUUUCGCCGUGAGUGAGCACAUCAUCAUGUAUUGGUAUGUGCAUGCCUCAAGCAUCAUGGCACGUGAUGUAGCAGACGUCGACUGGGGCAUUCUGUGGUCACUCUUCCUGACCUUCGCACCUAUAUUGGUCCUGACGGUUCCGCCGGUCUUCUACAUAGGUUUGGGCCUGAUGCAGGAGCUACAGGAGCUGCCUCAUCAGCUGGCGAAUUUCAGCGUCCAGAGCGCGCAGUGCUUCUGCUGCUCCAAUGACCACAGGCAUCCGCAGACUGGAGAAGCCAUACCUUGCGACCGUGAAUUGAUCUUCGGCAUGCUCAAGCGAUGGUAUGGGAAUCCUCAUGGAGAGGCCGACGAACAUCUGCAUCUCUUCGACCGACAGGUGAAGGAGGCCCUGGCACCCACCGUCAUGCGGAGCUUGGGGCGAGGUUGGCUGCCGCUUCGGUACACUAUUGCCGAGACUCGGCACCAGAUCUUGGAUUUUCGAAAAAGUUCCAAAUCUACUGCAGGCCAUGGUUUGCAUCUCCGCUGUGCCGGCGCUUUCUCGAACCAUAGCGGUGCUUGCAGUAGGACCUCCGCAAGCUUUGGCGGGAUAUUCAUCGGUUGUGUGGAGACUGCGUGUGUGCAUGGACUAUGGCAUGGCCUGCUUGCUUACAUUCUCUUGGGUGCAGGUGGGCCUGUACGUUCUUCACUACGCUGGAUCACGGGUGAAGACGCAGAACCGUUGGUUUUAUGCAAUCGUCUUGGUGGUGCCUGCUUGCCUUCCCCUGUCUGUUGA